UCAGCGGUCUCUCUCAUAGCCUAUCACUAUAUCUUGACCCUUCUUGUCUUCAGCUUCAGCCCCCACCCGCCGUUCCCUCUGCCUCUGUUGCCGCUGGGCCAUUCGCUCGCGAAUGAGGGCCUUUGGGUCGGUGACCGCCCUGGCCAGACUGCCCAUCCGGGGGCCUCCAGUGCCGUAGUUGGUCCACGCACCGCCGUCCUUGGCAUAGAAAUCCAUCGGAUACACUGAAUGAACACCGCACACCACACACACAGAGAGGCAGCCGAGCCAGACGUGUGUGUGCUCUGAGUGAGGGUCUGUCUGUGCGUGAGGCCGUCGGUCCGUCAGUGAGCGCACCGGUGCGGUAGUGUUCGUGUCCGAAAGCCACGAAGGCCUCGUAUGGCGUGAGGAGCGGUUGGCUGUAGAACUGACCCCAAUCCACCGACAGACGCGGACACGCCACCUAUCCGGUUGACACAACCACACAUCCUAUGCUAUGUGGCUGCCUGCGGCUCGUGUGGUGUGUCUUGUCUGUCAGUCAGAUGGCUCCUCCCUCCUUCUCCCGACUGACCUGUAUGAAGGCAUCGACGUGUUGGUGCAUGUGCCUGAGGCGGUCGGGCAGCACCUCCGACAUGAGCAGCACAAAGUAGGGCAGCUCUUUGGACUCGAGCAGCCUCUGCAGCUGCUCCAGUAUGCCCACACUCCCCUGCCGCCCCAGGGUGCCCAGAAUGAGCCCCACUGUCUUGGCCCCCCUGGCCGCCUCGAUGGCCGCCUGUCUGUUGCGGUGAAGCGCAGCGUGCGCAUACGACUCACGGAAGAACCUCUGUGGACCAAGGACAGAGACAGAGAGAGAGGGGAAUACACAUGCAGCCACCGCACCAACACACACACACCACACCCAUGUGUGUGUGUGUGUGUGUGUGUGUGUGUCGGGCUGACCUUUGUGAAGGGGUCGUAGCGGAAGAAUGGUAUGGUGGGGUUGGCGAUGAGUGAGCUCUCGAGGUGGAACCGCCCGUCAGCCACAAACACAGCCACAUCCACUGCAGAGCCGUCCAGUUUGGGCGACGUGCAGCCCAACACCUCACCGGCAGACAGCGGCCGAGACUGCGGGAUGACCGGCGGAGUGGCAAAGUGUCCCUGCUCCACCAGCAGGUCCCUGGCCCGGUGGAGCGUCGAGCUGAACUGGAUGGUGCCCAGAAGAGCCACCUUUUGCUGUCUGUCCAGGUUGCACCUGAUGGUGUCGGCCAGGUGCCGGGCGUCGAGCUGGAUGUCCACGUGGACGUACAUGCACCGCACGUCAGUCUGGUCGUUGACGGGCACCAGACACGAGUGGCCGUAGUGCACCAGGAAGUCCACACCGACGGCCUUCGCUGUGAGGUCGUCGAUGCAGCAGGCGCCGUACGUGACGUCGCCCAGGAUGAUCACCUCAGCAUCAGGACAAAAGUGGGUGAUGAUGUUGGCGAUGGCGGGGGCGAAGACGAGCAGGCCUUCGGGCAUCUGCAGGCCGACGUGUGUGAAGCCCUCCCGGCGGAUUCGCCAGAUGGUCUUGGGCAGCUCGAAGGUGUAGUUGGGCGGCAGGGCGAUGGAGAUGGCCUGCUGCAGCUCAGCAUCCUCGGCGAUCUCUGCCGGCACGCGGGAAGCGACCUUGGCGGCCGGACGAUGAUUAGAUCCGGCGGAGCCCUGCCCAACGAGCGAUAGAGAGGCGCUCUCUGUCAUCUGUUCUGCU